CUGGAAUACAGCCUAGAACCUUCCACUUAAAACUCCCUCUUUCUAUUUGUUACCACUCAGACUCGCUCACGACGAGAUAGUUUGUUUAUCUUGGUAGUGAACUGAUCUUCUGCGUCUGCAAGUUGAAUCCCGUUCGGCAAUGGCUAAACGGUUGAUCCCAACUCUGAACAGAGUACUUGUGGAGAAAAUUGUGCCCCCUUCCAAAACCACAGCUGGUAUUCUCCUCCCAGAAAAAUCAUCCAAGUUGAACUCUGGUAAAGUGGUUGCGGUUGGACCCGGGCUGCGUGGGGAAGCAGGGGGGAACCAUAUCCCGGUUGCUGUGAAAGAAGGCGACACGGUUCUUUUGCCUGAAUAUGGGGGAACACAAGUCAAAUUGGGCGAAAAAGAGUACCAUUUGUACAGGGAUGAGGAUAUCUUGGGGACUCUGCACGAUUAAUCAAUCCAUAAAACAACGUUAGGAAUGUCGCAUGGAUUGGAUUGAAUUGGGUUUCGGCUUCAUGUUUGUUUCUUGAGAUUAGUUGUAGGUGUUGGUGUUUCAAGUGUAACUGAUUAUUGAAGUUGUUUUGCAAUCCAAUGAUCAAUGAGGAAUUCUGUUUUUGAGGUCGUUAUCUUUGGUUCAAAUUGCUGUGGCAGUUUGUUAUUAUUACCUAAAAGGAAAAGCUGCGCUUUUGACAUAAUUGAUUGUGAUUGUGCUCCUCCCAAUUCUCAUUCAA